ACUCUCAUGGUAAGCGGAGCGUGAUUGCUCCGGGACCUGCGCAUCAUAGGCCGCUGGGCUGGGCCGCCGCGCCCGGGCGCCCCGCGGCAGGCAGCGGCCAGCGCCGCUGCCGGAGGUCGCCGAGCCUCCCCUCCGCCGCCGCGGUCACCACCGCGGCUGUCGUGGCAGCCCACGACGACGCGCUCUCCGCCGCGCUGGCCGAGGGCACCUACCUGUACAGGCACGCUGCUGUUCAUCAUUUUCAACAUCCCCCCGAAGAUGUCCAUCUGGACAGGAACGGCAUCCCUCAGUACGCCGGGCAGCCGGAGUAUUUCAACGAGUAUGAGGAGCGCGCCUGGGACCUCUACCAUGGCAGGACGGGCGAGAAGUCGAAGCAGGCCGCGACGGCCCUGCACUUGCGCUCGGGCCUGUCUGGUCCUGCCUGCGAGGCCGUGCGCAAGCUCAAGCAUGACGAGCUGAUCGCCACUGACGAGUACGGCGAGUCCAAACCGGACGGGCUCACCCUCUUUCUUACGACGCUGAAGAAGGAAGUUCAGGACAUCGCGCCCGUCCGUAGCACCGAGAUCUUCGACAAGGCGCUGUAUGGCUCUUCGGUUUGGCGUGAUCGAAACGAGUCUAUGGCUAAUUACGUGACGAGGAGGCGAAAGGAGUUCGCCGAGUUGCAGGAGGUCAGCGCCAGCACGACGAUUUCGGAGGACAUCCAGGCCGCGCUGAUCCUCAGGUUCUGCGGUGUCAGUAUGAAGGAGCAGGCCGCGAUCCUCGCCUCCAACAAGAACGAGUACAACCUCGCGGGCAUCGAGUACGCUCUGAGGGCGCAGUACCCAGCGGUACAUCGUCAUCAGGGCCGACGCGCGGAUCGCCGAGAGCGGUCUGCCUACGCCUGCGCCGCGUCGGACCAGGACGAGAACCCGUCGGAGCUCGACAACGUCUACUACGAGGACGAGGACGAGGGCGGCUACUACCAGGGCGAGGAGGAGGAGUACGAGCACGGCGAGGACGACGAGUUCGACAUCGAGAACUACGUCGCGGAGAACCUCGACGAGCUCGGCCCCGAGGACGCCGAGGCCCUCGCCCUCGUCUUGCCGAGUCGCAACAAGAUCUUCAACAAGAAGAGGCCGCCUAGGCGAGUGACUUCAAGCAUCCACGGUCGUGGCAAGACCGGCGGGAAGGGGGGCCGCCGUGGAGGCGACAGGGGAUUGCCGAGCAGAUCGCCCGCGGGGCGAGGUGGCAGCAGCAGUUCGAGUAGCGCUGCCCCCGGCUACGACGACCGACAGCGCGACGCUCGCCGGCAGCGCAUCGCCAACCUGAAGAAGCGGACCCAGUGCUCCGACUGCCACCAGUUCGGGCACUGGCAGGGCGAUGAUGUUUGCCCUCGUCGGUCGGGCCGGAAGCCUACGUCGGCGUCUCCAGCCAAGAAGCCCGCUCAGAACUACUUUACGCUCGAGGAGUACGGGGACAACGACGACGACAGCGCGCCGUCCGAGGUCUUCAUGGUUCUGAAGGGCGAGAUGGAGCACGCCUGCGAGCACGUGGCCGACGACGCCUGCGAGAAGGGGCUUGAGCUGUGGAGCUACUUCAUGACGGUCCUGAUGGGCACGAAGUGGGGCCGCUUCCUGUUCCACAAGGAGUUCGCGAAGCGGAUCGCCAUGGUGGUCGACGCCCUGAUGGUUCAGGGUCGCCUCCCAUCUACGCAUUCGAGGAGGCGGGCGGCGGCGCCCGCGGCGCGACGCAUUACCGGCAAGCAGCGGCUAUUCGGCCGGCCGGCUGCAGGAGGCGAUAGACCACGUGCAUCUACACCGGCGGCCGCGUCUGCGGCCAGUUCUACGAGGCCGAGUGCUACUGGAUCAGCAUCGGCCGCACCACCUACACCCGAGAAGCGCAUCAUCAAGGUCGACCUGACCCAAGGCGACCCCGAGCCGAAGCCGGGACCGGAGCUGGCCUUCCUGUACGGCCUCCCGCUCCACCACAGCAUCGAGCUGGUGGAGUUCCCGGAGCUCGAUGGCGUCGACCAGCUCGACCCGGUCCCGUACCCAGCGGAGGUCAUCAACUUCGGCACGCACAAGGGGCGAACCUUCCAGGAUGCGGCGUCCGACCCGGCACUCAUCUGGUAUAACAAGUGGGCUCUGGAUCAGGCCUUGGUCCCCGAGGCGGAGGAUAUCAACCCCCAUGUGUACCGCUACGCGUACUUCCUUUACGCCAUCGUGAAGAUCGCGCGUGGCAAGUUCAACGUUGCCCCGCAGCAGAUGAUCGACAGCGACAAGAGGAGGCUCACCACCGACAACGACUGGAUGGAGGUCAACGCCGGCGGCUUCACCAUCCCGGUUCAGCCCAACAUCCAUCAGCCGGACGUCAUCUCCACCUACGAGUGCUCGGUCAUGGUCGCCACUACCGGCAACGCCUUCUCGGCGCACGACAACGACGCCGACGCCGUGCUCGCCGUCAUCGACACUGGCUGCACGCGCACCAUGCACGGCGAGUCGUGGCGGGCAGCCUUCGAGCGUAAGCUCGCGAGGCGCGGUCUUCAGGUAGUGAAGACCCCGACCUCCCGCACAUUCAGAGGGGUCGGCGGCCGCGCGAGGAGCAUCACGGCGGUUCGUUUUCCCGUGAGCAUCGGCGGGAAGUGCGGCGAGAUCUUGUCGUGUGAGGUGCCGGGCGACUGCCCGAUGCUGCUCAGCAGGGACAUGCUCACCACGCUCGGGCUGAGCAUGCGGCUCUCCACAGAGGGCGAUGUCGCCGACUUCGCCAACAUCGGCGUCUACAACCUGAAGCUCCAUCACACCAAGGUGGGCCACCCGGCGGUCAACCUCCUUGACCUGCCGAACGAGAGCUACGAGACGGCCGAUUGGGCGGCGCUGACGGUGCCCGAGGACCACCACCUCGAGUACUUCCCCGAGCAAUUCCACGUCGGCAUCACCUCCAUCGAGGAGAGCUCGGCUGAGCCUCUCCCCAGCUUCCUGGACAUCGAGAUCGGCGAGACCACGGACGACGAGUGCCUCCAGACUGUCGUCGACCACGACUACGGACCGGACGUCUUCGCCGCCGAGGCUAUCGAGUGGGGCGGCAAGCGCAACCUCACCAACAAGAAGUCCAAGAAGCUCGAGCACUCCCUGCAGGCCAUCGCCGUGCAGGACGAGGUGGUGCAGGCCGUCGUGGAGAAGCAUCCGCCGAGGGCCCGGCUGCCUGCCGGUGCCCGGACGUGGGUCAAGCAGACCUACGCCGGCCAGAUGGGUUUGACAGUGCUCAUGGCCGCGAUGGGCCUCUCGGUCGGCGUCCCGCUGGACAAGCACACGGGCUGGGGCGCUACCACCAGGCUGGGCAGGCAGAGGUACGACGCGGAGAUCACCAACGAGGAGCCGUACUGCCUCGUGGUCUCGCACCCCUGCUCGCCGUGGGGCAACUGGAGCAGAUUCAACAUGGCUCGUUGCCCGGAGUCCGAGAGGAAGAUCUUGGCCAAGCGCGAGGCGAACCGCCCUAUUCUCAGGCAGGUGGACUCCUCAGUGGACAGCCGAGUGCGGAGGGGCUUCCACGUGGCGCUGGAGCAUCCCCAGGGCUCCGAGGCCUUCGACCAGCCGGAGAUGUCAAGGACGGUCCAGACCUUCGUGGGCCAGUUCGACUGCGACGACGGACCAGGCCGCAACAGCACGCGGCUGGCCACGGAGGGGUGGUUGGGGGCGCGCUCGGAUCUGCCGGGCCAGGGCCUGAUGCAAAUUUCGAACUCGACGAGUUCAACUCCGAGGGCCAUCUACCACAGCAGCGGGUCGAUCCUCCACAACCGGCACACGAAGUACCACAACAGGCAUCACACGAAGUACCACAACAGGCAUCUCACGAAGUACCACAACAGGACGCCCAUCCACGAGGUGUUCUUCACCAGCGACUACAAGCCGGACCUGGCUGUCGCCUACGAGUGGCGUCGCACCGACUACGGCAUCAAGAAGUUCAUCGCCACGGACAUGCGUGGCCCUCGCUGGUCCAAGGUGCUUCGCCGCAUCACCAGGGACAUCAAGACGGGCAUCGUGAUCGAUGACAUCGACGUCAGAGGUCUUGCUCUUCGCGAUGCUCGCCUUCGCCGGCCUCUGCCUGGUGGCAUCACCGCGGUCGAGACCAUCUUCGUCCACACCGACGAGGACGUGGGCACGAACGACGCCGUCGAGUUCGCCUACCUCACCAAGGGCGCGGUCCGUUCCGAGAUCAGACUUCAAGAUCUCGCCCCAGAGCAGAGGAAGGAGUUCGACCAGGCCAUGGCCAAGGAGUGGCGCAGCUGGACCGAGUUCCAGGCCGUCGAGGUGCUGAGCUCCAACCAGGCCAAGGAGCUCCUCGACAGGGGUGCCUCCCCGGUUGGGACGCGCUGGGUUCACACGGACAAGAACGCCAAGAAGCGCAACCCCAAGCAGACCUACGACGACAUCCCGCUCGCUGCCAAGAGUCGGCUCGUCGUGCAGGGCUGCCAGGAACGAGGAGAUGAUAUCCGAGGCGACGCUCCUACUGCUAGCCUUUUGGCUUUCCACCUGGUCGCCAGUUACGCUGCCUCCCAUCGGUGGCAGGUAAGGGCAGCUGAUGCUGCGACGGCCUACCUGCAGUCCAAGGGCAUUGAGCGCAUUCUGCUUCUUCGAGCUCCUCGUCCUCCACCACCUGGAGUUCCGGAGGGGUCCUACAUGCGCGCUCGCGGCGCCAUCGGCACCAAGGACGCGGGCAGGCAGUGGUGGCUGCAUCUGCGCGCCACCCUCGUGGAGCAGGGUUGGCGCGAGUCCAUCUACGAGCCCUGCCUGUUCAUGCUCAGGGACAGCAUGGGCAAGCUCAUCGGCUUGCUGUGCACGCAUGUCGACGACCUCUUCGUCGCGGGCGCGGGCGAGCAGUUCGAGCGCGUGAUGGAUAUCAUCAAGGAUAAGAUUCACCUCUCCUUCCAGUCCGACACGUUCAGGUACUGCGGCAAGGUCGUGGAGCAGGACAGCCAGACCUUCGACAUCAAGAUCGGCCAGGCCGCCGCGGUCGAGGCGCUGGAGUACAUCGCCCUCGAGCCACACCGCCGGCGCAAGCCCAAUGCGCCGCUCACCCCGGAGGAGAUCUCUGCCCUCCGUAGCGGUGUUGGGUCGCUUGGCUGGGUAGCGCGGCAGACGCGCCCUGAUCUGGCCGUCCACGCUUCGCUUGGGGUUCAAUCCAUGAGUGGUCCCAAGAUCCGCGACAUCGUCGCAGUGAACCGUGCCAUCAAGAUGGCCAAGGACGACGUCGACUUCAAGCUGGUGUUCUCGUCCAGCCUGGACUGGGACAGCGCUAUCGUGUUCGGCUGCGGUGACAGCAGCCACGGCAACAUCGACGACCUGACGCUGGGCGAGAAGGUCAAGUCGCAGUGCGGCUACAUCAUCGGCAUGGCGUCGCCCGACCUCGAGAUGGACACUGCCGCGAUCAUCCACCCGCUGGAAUGGGCCAGUGCGACGAUCAAGCGAGUGGUUCGCGGGUCGCUCGCAGCUGAGUGCAAUGGUUUCCAGACGACGGCCGAGAGCGCGGAGUUCCUCAAGCAUGUGAUCGCCGAGAUCUCCGACCCCGGCUACUCGUCCUACCAGUUCGACCCGUUCUUCGACGGCAAGCACCUGCUGCUGCUGACGGACGCGAACGGCCUCGUCACCUCCUUGGAGAAGGACGGUGGUCAGCCCGCUGACAAGCGGGUGCGGAUUCUGAUGGCCCAGGUCCGCCAGCUGCUCGGACAUGACGUGCUGAAGCAGGAGCGCGAGGGUGAUGACUGGAGGAUGCGUGUCAGGUGGAUCGACACUAAGUUGAUGAUCGCGGACGCUUUGACGAAGGCCGAUGCUGAGAGGGGCUUCUUGCUCGAGCGGCUGACCGAGGGCCGCUGGUGCUUGGCCCAGACGGAGGAGAUGCUCGCUGCCAAGGCAGCGGCUGGUGAGGCGCGCCGUGCUCGCAAGGCCCGGCUAG